AUGUUCAAGCAUUCACCUCGCCGGAAUGGGAGAUCUCGAGGUGUCAAAGUGAAGCAUGCUGUUCAACUCCUUCUCUUGCUGGGUGUGUGCGUUUGGCUAGCCUAUCAAUUGAAGCAGUCCAAUAACAAGAGAACACAGCUCAAUUUGAACACAAGGACAGGGAGUGAAGUUCUCAAGCUGGGGCGAAAAGAUCCCAAUCCUAAUGUGGAGGAACCAGUUGUUAAAGAUGUAAGGCAUAAGGAGGAGGAUGAAGAAGAACACAAGUCCGAAGAGAAUGAAAAUGAAGGAAAAGAAGGCGGUGAAGAUGAAGAAAUACAUGAAAAUGAUCAAGAUAGGACCGAAGAGAUGACUGAGCAUCAUGGUGAUUCUGUAGAUACACAGAAUGAGAAUGAAGAGAGCAAAAACAAUGUUGGUGAUGAGAAUGAGAGUGUAGAGGGAAAAGAGAAGGAAAAUAAAGAGAGUGAAAAUGAAAUCAAUGAAAUAGACGGGGAGAAAAAUGAACAGCAAAGUGAGAAUGAAGAAAGUGAGGACAACAAGACUGAGGAGACUAAAGAGCAAGAAAAUGUAGAAGGUCAGAGGGAGGAUAAUAAAGAAGAUAGGGAAGAGAACAAGGACACAGAAGAGAAUGGAAAGAAGAUUGAGGAGACAGUUUCAAGUGAUGAUCAGGUUCAAGAUGGAGGUGAUGGAAAUAAUGAGGCCAGAGAAGAAAAUUACAAGGGAGAUGAUGCUUCUAGUGCUGUAGCUCAUGAGACUCAGAAUACAACUGAAACCGAGCAACGUGGUCCAGAAGACUCUGAAGAGGUAAAGCAAUUUGAAAACAAAGAGACACAGGACAUUGUUGAGAAGGAGAACGAUACAAAGAGUGGUGUUGAUGUCAACCAAAACGACUCAGCUUCGGUCUCAGAAAUUGAGAAGACAGAAAGCAAUGAUGCUAACUCUAAAACCACCGAAGAUAGUGGCAACGAGAGUGAUCAUGCAGAUACUGGACAUGGUACCUUUCAUGAUUCAACAGUAGUUUCAUAUGAGCACCAGAAAAUGGAUACUAACACUGAAGAAAAUCAUGGCUCCUCACAGCAGAAUGGGACAGAUACAACUCAAAAUCCAGAUGAGAAUGCAGAGAAUAUUAAUACCACAGGGGAUGAGUCUACUCAGCAAAAUGCUGUACCAGAGCAAACUGAAAAGUCAGAACCAGCUAGCAAUGAGAAACAAGAUUCUGGGGAGACUUCAGCAGCAGAGAAUGAAAAUGCUGCUAAAGGAGAGUUCACAGAUACCUCUGGAACUUCUCAACAAUCAGCAACGAGUGAAAAUAUUGAAGUUGUUCAGAAGCUAGAAGCCAACAGCAAUUCUGGAUCUGAGGGAACUCAAGAAAAUGUGCUAAUGAUGAAGACCGACGAUAAUGAUGGAUCCUCGAAUAAAGAAAACAAUACUGAUGCAAGCCAGAACGAUGUCCAGCAGAACACAAAUGAUAAUUCUGAUAAUAAUGCUGGUGCAGGCCAGAAUGAGAACAAGAACAACAUACAGCAGAAGACAGAUGAUAAUUCAGGUCACAAUGCUGAUGAGGGCCAGAAUGAGAACAAAAACGAUGCUCAGCAGAAUGCAAAUGAUAACUCAAAUGCAGAAAAAAAUUCUGAUUCCAAUCAGAAUGCAAAUGAGAAUGGUGACCAAAGCAAUGCAAAUGGAAAAGAAGGUGCAGGUCAAGGAGAACAAACCGAUGCCCAGAAGGAGAAUGAAGCGACACCAAAUACAGAUAAUAAUGCUGAUUCUAGCCAAAAAGCAAAGGAGAAGGGAGACCAGAGCAACACAAAUGGCAACGAAGGUGCGGGCCAAGGAGAGCAGACUAAUGCCCAGAAGGAGAAUGAAGCUACACCAAACACAGAAAACAAUGCUGAUUCCAGCCAAAAUGCAAAUGGAAAUGGUGACCAGAGCAACUCAAAUGGGAAUGAAGGUGCUGGCCAAGGAGAGCAGAUGGACGCCCAGAAGGAGAAUGAAGCAACGGCAAACACAAACAACAAUGCUGAUUCCAGCCAAAAUGCAAAUGUGAAUGGAGACCACAGCAACACAAAUGGCAAUGAAGGUGCUGGCCAAGGAGAACAGACUGAUGGCCAGAAGGAGAGUGAAGCAACACCAAACACAGACAAUAAUGCUGAUUCCAGUCAAAAUGUGAAUGGCGACGAAGGCCAGAGCAACACAAAUGGCAAAGAAGGUGCGGGCCAAGGAGAGCAAACUGAUGCAAAAAAGGAUAAUGAAGCAUCUCCAAACACAGGCAACAAUUCUGAUUCCAGCCAAAAUGCAAAUGAGAAUGGAGACCAGAGCAAUGGAAAUAACAAUGGAGGUGCAGGCACAGGAGAACAAGCUGAAGUCCAGAAGGAGAAUGAAGUAGCCUCAAAUGAUAACAGCAAUACAGGCCAAGAUGAGCAGCAAGUCAAUUCUUCGGAUUCUACUGUAUCUCAAGAUGAGAAAGAUGCGCGAACUGACUUGGGAACUCUACCAGAUAGCAAUGACAAUGAAAAUACAGCUGCUGAGUAACUUCUUGUAAAAGCUGUUUGAAUCAUAUCCCCAAUACGGCCCUUAUCAUUUUGUGAUCAUUUUAUUUAUUUAAUACCUCGAGUGAUCAGGUAAUUACAUGACGUUUCUCUAAUUGUUGUGUCCUUAAUGACAUAAUGGUGUUGAAAUCAGAUGUAUAAUUUUUAACGUUGCAGAGAUAAUUUGUAAGGUUGUAAGAUCUUAGUUUUGAUAAUAUCUCAAUUGGGUUUCCAGCUGUUGAAAGUUUUGGUUAGACAAAA